AUGGCGCCUCUCCCCUAUUGCCACGGACGCCUUUCGUCACUACGUCUCAACGAACACCUUCUGUCACGCUCCAACAUUGUACGCCGCUCAGAAGAUUCCGGUGCCAUCAUUGGCGGUAUAUUUGGCGCUGUUGUGUUUGUCGUGAUGCUCGGCUUCAUCAUCCACCUCCUCACUCGCAGACCCUCACCCCCCAAGAAAUGCAAGAAGGGGAAAGAUGGAAAAGGAAGCAAGAAGAAGAAGAAGCCCAAGAAGCCCCAGAGUAAUGAACGCCCCGAGAACUGCGAGGAUGACGAGAGCCCCUCUGGGUCCCCGUUCGCCUAUUGGGCUGGAUUCAACCCCCAGCCUGGUGCGGGCGGACCGCGGCCUCCUGGCCGUGGAUACAACGGGGGAGAUGGCCCAAUGGACGCGCCGCCGAUGGAAUGCUCCUAUGAUGAGCCUGAUUAUGGCUUCGACAGGCGUGCACCGAACAUGUACGUGACAGCGUCAUUCUUUGCCUUCCUCAGCUGGUGGUGCUUCAUCAGCCGCUGCAUCAGCUGGCGGGCCAGCAACUCCCUUGCUUGA